UCUCAGCCGCCGUGGUAACGAACACCGCCUCUGUGUUUCGCUAUGAGCGCCCGGGUUGUUCGGGCCGCGUGGGCCUGGGGAACCUGGGGACGCCGCGCCGCUUCGAGCCUCCGGGAGCCGCCGCCGGAUGCCGUGGACGUGGCGGAGCUGCUGCGGGACGCCAGCACGAUCGAGGAGGGAGCCCAGGAAGCGGUGGCACGGCGGCCGCCCGCACGCUGCUCCGUGCUGCUCUUCCCCGGCCAGGGCAGCCAGGUGGUCGGCAUGGGUGGCGGCCUGCUCCGCUUCCCGCGCGUGCGGCAGCUCUACGAGGCCGCGCACCGGGUGCUCGGCUACGAUCUACUGGAGCUGUGCCUGCACGGGCCUCAGGAGGACCUGGACCGCACGGUGCACUGCCAGCCCGCCGUCUUCGUGGCUUCGCUGGCCGCCGUGGAGAAGCUACAUCACCUGCAGCCGGCGGUCAUCGAGAACUGUGUUGCUGCGGCUGGGUUCAGCGUGGGCGAGUUUGCAGCCCUUGUGUUUGCCGGAGCCAUGGAGUUUUCUGAAGGUCUGUAUGCAGUGAAGGUCCGAGCCGAAGCUAUGCAAGAAGCAUCAGAUGCUGUUCCUAGCGGGAUGCUGUCUGUCCUUGGCCAGCGUCAGUCCAACUUCUCCUUUGCCUGCAUGGAAGCCCGGGAGCACUGCAAAUCUUUGGGAAUAGAGAACCCGGUGUGCCAGGUGUCCAACUACCUCUUUCCUGAUUGCAGGGUCAUCUCAGGACACCUUGAGGCCCUGCAGUUUCUCCGGAAGAAUUCUGCUAAGUAUCACUUCAGGCGCACGAAGAUGCUGCCGGUGAGCGGCGGCUUCCAUACCUGCCUCAUGGAGCCAGCUGUGGAGCCCCUGGUGAACAUCCUAGGCUCGAUUAACAUCAAGAAGCCGCUGGUUGCUGUCCACUCCAAUGUCAGUGGGCAUAAAUACAUGCACCCGCAGCACAUCCGGAAGCUGCUGGGGCAGCAGGUGGUGUCUCCAGUGAAGUGGGAGCAGACGAUGCACUCUAUCUAUGAGCGGAAGAAGGGCACCGAGUUCCCCAGCACCUUUGAGGUGGGCCCUGGGCAGCAGCUGGGGAGCAUCCUGAAGAGCUGCAACAGGCAGGCGUGGAAGUCCUACAGCCACGUGGAUGUGAUGCAGUCCAGCACAAACCCUGACCUCUGAGGGCCUUGAGGACACUGGUCACUGCAGCCUCAGUUGUGGCUAAGGCUUCCCUCAGAGCUUAGCCCUUGUGUGCCAGUGUGUGGCUCAGCCCAUCCUCCACCUGACAAGACAUCUGGCUGCUCGGGGAAAGAGUUCCUACAGACUCCUGCCCAGCCUGCUGCUGCUCUGCCUCUGUACCCAGCCAUGCCCCUCAGUGAUGCCAGGAAGGGCUAGCCUGGGGUAACCUUAGACUUGCU